GCUGCCAUAAAAAGUUUCAUAAUAGUAAGUUGGAGAUUAUUAUCUCACUCUUGUAUUUAUUGUCAUUACUGAUGAGCCACAUGUUUUCCUGGGACUAAUGGGUGCAGUUCAUUUAGUUGAUUCUAGAGGAUUUUUAAAAUAAAAAAAAACCCACACUAUUUGUAGCACAUGAUGACCCACAUCACAUGCCAGAACCUCAUAGUAGGCAUUCAAGAAGUCAUUUACAUCACCUUACUAAUGUGUUUAUUUCCGUUCCUAUUGUACGGCCACGACUGCUGUCGCUGUAGUUGUUAAUAUUUGUAUAUACAAAUAAAUCAAACAUAAGGCUGGUAUUUGUAAGAAUGAGCCUCCAACAAGAGAACUCAAUCACUUGAAGUGUAUACCAUUUCGUUACGUUGACUUGGACUUCCCAGUUUGGACCUUAAACCUGUACGGAACGGCGUAACUGCGAGUGAUGUUUGUUUUUUGUUUUUUUCUUCCCAGAUCGCAUAAAAAGGGCCUAAAUGUUCGAACUUUACUGUAUAAAAGUCUCCGGUUUUUGGCAGAAAAACAAUAAGUUAAUUCAACCAAUGAAGUGAAAACCUAAUAGUAUAUUUUAUUAUUUUAAAAGACUCCAUAUACUUUCCCUUAAAUAUAUUGCAGAAUCGACGAAGCCGGCUGUAGAAGAGCGAUCCGGUAGGAACAAAACAUUUAUUGUUUCUACCCGAGCAGUAAAGGACCGAACACAUCGUGACAAAAAUCCUAACUCGCUAAGCAAAAGGACAACCUGCUACUUAUAAUUUGCCAUGUGUAUUACUAAGUUAGGUCGCCUCUCCCUAGGCCUGUACGGCCAUUUACAGACAGUAUGUCGGGCGGCUUGGAGCGGCUCCAGCUGGUCUGCGGUGCGACGACAGCGGUCACUGGGUCUGCAGAGCAGCGGCGGUUUGGAAACAACACCUCACAUCAUGUUCUGUGAAAUCAGAGCCCAUUCAACUUCCCAAAACACAGUGGACCCAGAGGAGGUGAGAAGGUUCCAGUUACUAGCCAGCAAGUGGUGGGAUGAAGGGGGAGAAUUUGCACCUCUUCAUGCCAUGAAUGACCUCAGGGUUCCUUUUGUCCGGGAUAAUAUGCUGAGUGUGCAUGGACAGAGACAUCCUGGAAAACCACUAGCAGAAUUCAAAAUUCUAGAUGUGGGUUGUGGAGGAGGCCUGCUCUCUGAGCCUCUAGGUCGUUUGGGAGCUGAAGUGUUGGGCAUCGACCCUGUAGAUGACAGCAUCUACACUGCCCAGAUGCACACAUCAUACGAUCCAGAUCUCCGAGACUCUGUCUCUUACCAGGCCUGCACCAUAGAAGAACUUUCUGAAAAUGAGAGGAAUGUAGGACAUUUUGAUGCUAUUGUAGCAUCAGAGGUGGUGGAACAUGUGGCUGACCUGGACACGUUCAUCUUCUGCUGCAAACACGUGCUCAAGCCAGGAGGUUCACUCUUUAUCACAACUAUUAAUAAAACCAACCUUUCAUACGCUCUGGGUAUCGUAGUAGCUGAGCAGCUGCUUGGCAUCGUCCCCACUGGGACACAUGACUGGGAGAAGUUCAUCAGCCCAGACGAUCUGGAGCGCCUCCUGGAGUCCAAUGGUUUCUCUGUGCAGUCUGUGAGAGGAAUGCUGUACAACCCCGUGUCAGGAGCCUGGUGCUGGGCAAACAGCACAGCCAUCAACUACGCCCUCCAUGCUGUCAAGAUGAGUGCCAAUGCCUAGCCGGUUGAUGUUAGUGAGUGUGGCCUCCACCCUGAGGAGCACAGUGUGUCUGCCCGCAGCUGAGUCAGAGGACUAAGGCGGGAUGAUAUCAAAAGAAAUGAUUGACAAGAGCUCAGGCAGAUAAUUAGCAGCUGAUUUGCACUCGGAGUGAGAUGAGGUUGUGUGUUCAGUCAGUUGCAGUGUUAUAAACCAGUGGGGAGAUUUGAUCUCUUCAGUGACUGCAAAGAACCUCAACAGACUGGUGAAUGUUCAGCUGUACUCACGCUUAUUACAUCAUAAACUGUGUCAACAGCAGGUAAAACGAUAACAGUGAUACAACAGAUCAAUGCUGAACAAAAAUCUGCGUGAUUUCAUGAAGUUCGAGCUAAAAACAGUUCACAGACAAUAAUUGUGUGAGAGAUUCUGGCUUCACACACAAUCGUCCUUUCUCUGAUUAGAAUUAGUCCUUAGAGGAAGCAGCUAUUAUAUAAUUCAAAUAAUGCCUGAUCUCAGAGAGGAAGUGGUGUGUAUGACGUCAUAUGAUGUUCUUAGUGAGACUGCAAGGCAACUUAAUAAAAAGACUGAUAGGUA